AUGCCUUCAACCAAACUCCAGACAUCUCAAGCCAGAGAGGUGGUAGCAAUAAAAGAACUAUUGGCCAAAACCAAUAAGAGGGUCAUCCUUUAUAACAAAAAAGGCUCAAAAUAUGUGCUCAACCACCUAUCAAAAACCCUGAAAAGAAUGAAAGACAUGAGAUACAUAGGUGUUUCCAACAAAAAAAUUCUUCAAGUGAUGGUAGCCAGCUUUCAAAGCUGUAAACAGAAUAAAUAUCAUGGAAUCUACAAUGCAAGCAGAUUAGCCAAGGAAGGGGCAGAACACAACCAAGAUGAUAUGAUUGACUUGGAAGUAGACCCAAAAUUAAAGAUCACCAGUGCAUCCCUGAGCAAACUGAUGCAGAGUCAAGCCUACAAGGCUUUUCAGGAAAGGAAGAACCAAAACCUCCCUCUUUCAGCAAAGACAAACACAAAUAUGAAACUAGCAAGCCAAGGAGUGAAUGAAUACUUCAGUAUGCAAACAACAUCAACAGCACUAUGGAAGUCAAUCUGUCACAAAGACAUUGACUUGAAUACAAGGUAUUUCCUGUGGAUGACAAUGCACAAUGCAUAUAGAAUAGGAGAAAAAUGGCCAAACUUCAUCCCACAGUACCACAGCAGAGCCUACUGUGCCCACUGCAACAACAGUAUAGAGAACAUGGAACACAUCCUAACAGAAUGCUCCACACCUGGCCAAAAUGAAGUCUGGGAGUUUACUAAGAACCUACUGGAACAAUGA